GCCAUCAUUUCACGUGUUUACUAACACAGUUUGCCAAGUAUACCGAUCGAGCUGUUAUGAAAUCGUGCAAGAAACAACAUACACAGAUCCCGUCGAUUCCUGCACAGGUGCCUCCCACGUUUUCGGCAAUUUGCAGGUAAACAGUGAACCCUUUCGGCGUGCUUCGGCCAGCUAGGCUAGACUCGAUUCGAAAGAGCAACGUCUAUCAUGUCGGUGCACUCGGCCCAGACGUCCGAGAGCGACGCAUGGGCUCUAUUAUCGCUAAAAUCGGCGCCCGCGAGCCCCUCGAAGCUCCAGUGGAGCCCCGAGGACCGGGGCGAAGUCAUAGCGCGCAUCGAGGCGAAAGAGUUCGAGUACCUCGUCCGCCAGAACAGAAUAGUCAUCGGGAGGAACAGUUCACGUGGUGAUGUCGAUGUAAAUAUGGGACAUUCUAGCUUUAUUUCGCGUAGACAUUUGGAAGUGUUCUUCGACCACCCGUUCUUCUACAUGAGCUGCAACGGCAAGAACGGAGUUUUUAUCGACGGGGUGUUUCAGAGAAAAGGAGCCCCCUCGAUCAGGUUACCCAAGACUUGUACGAUCCGGUUCCCCAGUACCAACAUCCGCUUGUGCUUCCAAUCGCUAGUCGACGACGGCUUGGAUUCGGCCGCUCCCAACGUGCGCGAGGUGUCGCCCUCGCGCAUCAGGGAGCGCGCAGGCGGAGGAGGACGCGCGGAGGCCACUCUACCCCCUCUGCGCAUCAACAUACCGGAAGGCGAGUUCGGCAGUCCGUUUCCCUCGCCUACCGGUACUUUGAGUGCCGCCAACAGUUGUCCUGCUAGCCCAAGAGGUGGUCAGCAUGGUAGUGUCAGUCACGGCAAGAGGAACGUCCACGCCGAUCUGCAAAUGGUGGCAGCGUAUGCCGCGGCUCAAGUGGCUCACCGAGACGACAAUAACAGUCAGCACGUUCAGCAGAAUCACAGUCCGGAGUACAGGCAUAGUACUUCCAAUGGUAAUUCGGCGCCCUCUGUGGUCAUCAACGACGGCAACUACGCCGGCGGAGGAGGAGGCGGCAGCAAGGACGACUCCAAGCCGCCAUUUUCCUACGCCCAGCUGAUAGUGCAGGCCAUAGCCAGCGCCCAGGACAAGCAACUCACCCUCUCAGGAAUAUACAGUUACAUUACCAAACACUACCCCUACUAUAGGACGGCGGACAAGGGUUGGCAGAACUCUAUCAGACAUAACCUCAGUCUCAAUAGGUAUUUUAUUAAGGUCCCCAGAAGUCAGGAAGAACCUGGAAAAGGGUCGUUCUGGAGAAUAGACCCUUUGUCCGAAUCCAAGCUCAUCGAACAGGCAUUUAGACGCAGGCGGCAACGUGGCGUGUCAUGUUUUAGAGCUCCAUUUGGAUUAAGUUCCAGGAGCGCGCCAGCGUCACCCUCGCAUCUGGGCAUGUCCGACGUGAUGACGCCCGAGUCUUUGUCGCGCGAAGGUUCGCCGACCAUGGAGCACCCGAUGGACGCCAGUCAAUCGGCGCCGGGUAGUCCUGGUCCCGCCUCGGCCAGGGCGGGUAGCGGUACCAUGAUCGGACACCAGCAGAUGUCGGCGCUGGUGGGAGCGUCCAAGGCGCGCCUACUUUUGCCGCAGCAUCAUCAGGAACAGUACCUGAACCAGCAACAACAACAGAUCGGCGAGAGGCCGGCUUCUAACGGAGAAGAGUACGAAGAAAAAUUCAAUCCAAAUCUGUUAGAGGAACGUUCACUGUCACCGGGAGCCUUCGCCCCUCAACAGCCCGUCAUUGUUCAAGCAGCAAACUAUUCACCUUACAGCGGUAACAAUAGCUACGCCACCAUGGGCCUGGACUUGAAGCGGCACCUGGACGAGCAGAGCGCGGGCAGUCCGUCCAGUUCCGGCGAGCUGGACGACCCGGACAUGAAGCGGCAACGCCUCAUCCAGCCCAAAUACGAAACGGAAUAAUAGUUUGUCCGCUCGUCCACCUAGUUGUUGCCCACCCCCUGUAUGUUCUGGCGCAGUGUCGCGCCAGAACGAACCGUAUAAUAUGUAUGGAUCGCGCGACAGUCGGAAAAAAGACGUACGUUCGCUCUUCUGUCAUUCCGUUGACGUUUGUCAAAUGACAGAAUGGUGGAACGUCAUCGUGGAGUCAUCAGGUUUUUCGUUAGAGUGCGUGUGUGUGAACGGCCCCUCACAGUCGAGUCUGCGCUGUUAGGUCUUUAUGCAAUAUACCCCCGGUUGAGAAAUAAAAAAAAAUUAAGGAAAAAAUGAGGGAAAUUAAAAAUUCGGGGUUUCCCAUAUAAGAAUGUAUGUUUACGGGUUAUAUCUCGUAAACUAGAAGAGAUAGAGGGAUGAUUAAACUCUGUAUCUGGUCUGGCUUACGAGAUAUGACCUGUGUACUGGGCUUUUCUUAGGUGGGACACCCUGUAUAUGAUCUAGGAAAAUAAAUAAUGUUCGUUUUCGUUAAGGGAUCAAAAAAAGUUAAUAUUAUAAUGCGUCUAGAAAAAGAGUUGUUGAAUAAAAAUUAAUAAUAAUAAAUCUAGUAAUAAUGAUACGAAUAGGGAAAGGACUUCAAAUAAAUUCCGACGAAAGUCGCUAAAAUUUUAGGUAUUUUGAAUUUUAAUUGUAUUUUCGGCUCUUAGAUAAAGAAAAUAGUUCUUUUGAACGCCCAAAACUUACCUGGCUAUAGUUCUUCUCGCGUGAACGUUCCUUCAUUUGACAUUUGAUAUAGUAUAUGGUAAUGGUUUGGUUUAAACAAAAAAAUCCCUAGACAAUGGAUAAAAAUGUGUUCUGUUAGCUUUGACGGACCGUGUUACGCCAUAUUGGGAAACGCUACGCGAGAAGAACUAUAGCUGCGGUCCGGAAAAUUUUGUGUAAUGAAGAAAUCGGGUAGUAUAUAAUAUCUUUUUAUUUAAAAAAAUCAUUUUCUUGGACAUUAAAUUGCGAAAAUUUGUUGUAAUUUGGACAGCCUGUACAAAGAGUUAGAAAUAACAUUUUUGUUUACAAAAUUUCACUAUUUUUUUAUUUUUUUUUUAUACAAAAUGUUGCUGGAUUUAAAAGAGACACAUUUCUCAGUAGAUUAAUAAUAGACUGAGAAAAAAGUUUCCGAAUUGAUAUACAAAAUGAUCGAAAAAAACGGCGCCAGCGAUGGCUAUGAAAUGAAGAGUAAUUUUAUCGGUAAAAUUACAUGGGGAAUGUCAUCGAUCGUCAUUUCCAAGCCAACUGGGCGCCGUUUUUUUUAUCAUACUGUAAUAUAAUAUGAUUCUUACUUAAAUAUUUGCAAGAUAAAUUUAAAAAUGAUAUCAAAUCACUUCUGGCAUUUUCUUUUUUUGAAUCUGAGAAAAUCGGUUAAUUGAAUGACAAAAAAAUCAGUAUUUAUACCGGAUUUCUUCAAAAUAUAUUUAUAUGGACUUAAGAAAUUACACUUAUUCUAAAAAAAAAUUGACAUUUUCCCCAUGUUCUUCAAAGUGAGAUUAAAUAACUAGUUAAUUAUUUUCGUUUUUUGCGAUGUAUAAAUAUUUUUAGUGCAAUAUAUUUUGAAAGAAUCUCACUUACACCUUUUUUCCUUUUUUUUAGUACGAGAGCAUAAAACGUUGAAUAUACAGUGAGUGUCAAAACGUUUGCAACAAAUAUAAGAUUUUUUCUAUUUGUUGAGAACUUUUUGUCACGCAUUGUAUGUCUUUUAUUUUCUUGAUCAAAUGUUUACAAACCAAAAUAUAAGACAUUUGCUGAUGUUGGUAUUCUUCGGAAAGAAGCUUUUUACAUUUUUUUUGCUAUUUGUUGAUAUUUUUGUUGUAGUUUGUUGUUAGAAUUUUUUAUUACUUUUUAUUAUAAAAUAAACGUAUGAGUAUGUAUGGUGAAUAAUCAGCAAAUGUUUAAGUAUUUUUUGUUCAUUGACAAACCAGUAUUUUGAAUUUGCCGCACUUUGUUUAUUUUAAACGCCUCCCUGUAAAUACUGUAUUGAAAUUAUUUUCCAAAAAUUAUAUAUAUUGUAUAAUAUUUUCUUUCAGAAACCUAUUUGGUAUGUUAAGGAGUUUUGUAAUGAAUGACAUUGACAUAAAUCAAAAAAAAAAUCGAAAAAAAAGAAACGUCGAAGCCCCUUCGAAUUGAUUAGCUCGGAGAUCGUUACUUAAAUUCAUGUUUUUUUUGAAGAAGGUAAAUAAGAAUCUUUUCUGAAAAAAGAGUAACUAUAUUUAUCUGUAUGAUUUUAAAAGCUACUAUGACGCCGAUUUUUUUUUCGACCGUGUUGUAGUAUUAUUUAAGAAGAAUCUUUAAAACUAACUUGUUUUAAGAGAUCUAAAAAAUAAUUAAACCAUAGAUAUAUAUAUAUAAAAUAUAGAUUUCCUAAUCACUUCAAGCCAUCGACGUUAAAUUAUAUAGAUCGACUAUUUCUUUUCGAAAACGGCAAAAAAAUACACCAGUGCGUCGAAAGGUAGUGAAUUCUUAACUAAUAAAUAUUUUAUAAUGAAAGUAACAAAUUGAAAUUGUUACACUGCGUAAUAAAUUGUUAAUUUGUUACACUAUCUAUUUGUUUUUCGUAUUUGUGACAUAAAACGAUUCCCAGUUGAUUUUUGAAGGCUUAUACUUUUUUUUCGAUACUUUAAUGCUUUUUUUCCGUUAUACGAACCUGAGCAGUUCUUAUAUAGUGUUGUAGAGGGCUUAACAUAAUGUAAAAAACUGUUUGUACUCGUUUUUCGACUAUCCAAUGGUCUUAACUGUUAGUUAUAUAUGUACACAAGAAAUUGUAAACGUAGGGACUAAAAAAAGAAAUAAUAAAUUAAAUUGCUGUGAA